GUCUCAAAUCUUGUAACAACAUUGUAAUCAGAAUAAACAGCGUGUACUUUCGUCUACCUUUGUUUUUUGUCAUAACUACGUGUCCUUUGGGGAGUGGUGAUCCAUUUGCAAACUGUGCCCUCGCCACAUACGAUUGUUUGUACUUCUAAGUCUAAUCCUGAUUGAUCUUGACAGCUGGCAAGUGGCAGUCAUGGGCUUCGAAACUAUCCGUAACUUGGAUAUGUACAAGAAGGUGCCGACUGAUUUGACGGAGAGAACUGCUUGCGGAGCCUUUAUUUCUGUAGCCUGUGUUAUUCUGACAGUGUAUCUGAUGUUUGCAGAGUUGGUGCUCUAUGCCAAUGGUUCACUACACACCAGCAUCUUUGUGUCGUAUCUUAACCAGGAGGACGACAUUGAAGUAAGGUUAAACGUUUCAAUAGUGGAUAAAGAUUGUCAGGAUCUAUCCGUUAACUUGAGGCACUUACACGGACAUCAGGAAAACAUUCCUAUCAAUAAAGUACAGGUUGCAGAGGACUGUAAUAUUAACGGAAUGAUCAAGAUAAAAAAGACACCUGGAAUCAUGAUGAUCGUCCCUCAUCACGGAAAGAAUUGGACCGGGAAAGAAUACAAGAUAGUACCUGAGAAUCGAGAAAAACCAAUCAUAACACCAAAAGGUUUUAUCCCUACAUCCGGAUAUACCCCGCCAGAAGGAUACAAAGUAGUAGAGGUGAUAAAGAGUCUGAAGAUGAACCACGCUAUUCAUGAGUUUGAGUUCGGACCCUCACUUCACAGCACCCACAGGUGGGAGGAGGUAUUACCGGUGAAUGGCACACCAUUCAGACCAUUAGCGGGCGUAAGCAGAGAAUAUCCAGUCAACUUAGCACAUGAUUACCACAUAAGAAUGGUUCCAACCACAUUCAUCGAUCAAAACAAGCGCAGGACUGAUACAUACCAGUACUCGUACGCGUACCAGAACUUUGUUAUGGCAACACCGGCUGGCAUAGCACCACCUUGCAUUUUAUUCAGAUACGAUUUAGCACCCAUGGAGAUAAGAUAUCAGUACGACCGUAAGCCAGUAUAUCAUCUUCUAACGAUGAUUUGCGCUAUAGUCGGCGGAGUGGUUACACUGGCAGGGGUGGUUGAUAAAAUCCUGUUUAAUACUCACCAACUCAUUAAACAGAAGCUCCUCCUAGGAAAACAAAGUUGAAAUCUCACAAAACACAAACCGUUAUUUUCUUACUGGUUUCUGUGCGUUUAUCAGACAUGUUCCACAGAUGUGAUGAAUAUUUAUUUUGUAUCGUGUCCAAAUCGAUUUAAUACAUUUUCAGUACUUGU